AUGGCUGCCGUAAAUCACAACCGUUCAUUCACGUCUGCCCUCAUCGAUCCGAGCUCAGCGGUCUCCACUCCCGAAGUGGUCACCGAAUGGCUCGGUGUACUGACGACCUACCUGCUCAUAUUAUCGUACAUUAGCAUCUUCAUAUUAGGUCUCAUAGGCAACGUUCUCGUGAUCGUGACACUCACUCGCAACAAACGGUUCAAGGUACCCACAAACGCAUUCCUGCUCAACUUAGCAGUGAGCGAUCUCCUCGUCGGAGUAUUCUGCAUGCCUUUCACGCUGUCCGGCAUUGUUUUUCGUGAGUUCAUCUUCGGCGACCUCAUGUGCAAGGCUGUACCUUACGUUCAAGCUGUCGCGGUCGCUGUGAGCGCUUGGACUCUCGUGAUGAUCUCUUUUGAGCGAUACUUCGCCGUCUGCCAGCCCCUGCGCUGCCGAACUUGGCAAAGUUCGUGGCACGCAGUCAAACUGAUCAUUGUGAUCUGGAUCGUGGCACUUAUCCUCAUGCUGCCUCUCGGCUGCUUGAAUCGGCUCAUCGAGAUGGAGCGCUUCAAAGGGAAAUACAAGUGUCGGGAAAAGUGGCCAAGCCCAGCCUUAGAGACUGCGUUCAACCUCGCUCUAGACGCCGUUUUGUUCGCUGUACCGCUCGCCAUCAUGGGCACGGCCUACGUUCAAAUAUCGUGGACCUUGAAGAAAGGCAUCAAAGAUCACGAGCGAUGCGUCAAUGCCAUCCCGAUAACGAGAACAUCGGGCCUGAUGAUCAAAGACAGGAGUUGUGAUGACGAAGGUGGAGGGAAGCAAAACGGCAAGAAGGUCGCUGACAAAGAACCGAUGCUAAUUGUGAAGUGGUGCAGGAUGACGGAGAACAACUCGGAUUAUGAAGAGGACAACGUCGACGAGGCGCCAGCAGAGAGAGAAGUGAAUGGAGGCGACUCUCUAAGGAUGUCGAGAACGGUCUCAACACACCACAGACGUGAGCUCCUCAUCGGACAUCUACGCUCAAAUAAUUUAGAGCAACGAAUGGCCGUGAAGCGCAAAGUCAUACGGAUGAUGUUCGUCGUGGUUCUCGAGUUCUUCAUCUGCUGGACCCCGCUGUACACUAUCAACACGAUUUCUUCGAUUUCGCCGGAAUACCUGUCGCCCCUGGGCUCGUUCGGGCCUCCAUUAUUCCUCCUCCUCUCGUACAUCUCGUCGUGCUGUAAUCCGAUCACGUAUUGUUUCAUGAACAACAAUUUCCGAAGGGAGUUCCGCCGGGCCGUCGGCUGCAACUCGAAGCGAGGUUAUCUCGGGAGCCAAGCUGCGAGGACUCGAUCCCCUAGAGCGAGGCUUCGCGAUGUUCAGCGAAGUUCUCCACACGAGGAAGAUCUUUCUCGCAACUUGAGCCGUAGGGAACUUCGGAUCGAUGAGUCAUUAAUCAUUACUCGCGAAGCGGCUGUGGACGAGAGGAAAAUUCACCAGAUUUCCUCGUCUCAAGAGAGCGGCAAUGUUGCCUUCGGCCGCCUCCCAGGAACAACUCGAACAAGAUGA